GGAGAGAGAAAUGGAGACGGAGAGGAAGGAGAGAGGAAAGGAGAGGGAGAUGGUAGUGUAGAGAGGAGUGUCACAGAAAGAAGUGAGGUCAGACCUGCUCCAGAGAUAGAGUUGGUUUAUAGGAGUGUCCCCGAGAAGAGUGAGCCAGAGAGUGAGAGCACAAUCAAGGCAAGAGAGGGUGAGACAGGCAGUGAGGCACAAAGUGAAGGUGUCAGACAGAGUAAGCUGCAUAGUGAGAGGCAGGGGGAAGGUGAAGGAGAGAGUGUCCUGGGGAGUGAGGCAGUGGGGGUGAGCUGCAAGGGGAGUGAGAUAGUAGGGGUGAUCUGUGAGGGGAGUGAGAUGGGAGGUAAGGUUGCAGAAAGUGAGGCAGAGACAGACACAAGGCAGGCGAAGAGUGAGACUGAGGGGCAGGAGGAAGAGGAGGGUGAGAAGGGUGAAGGAGAGUCAGGGGGAGGGGCUGGAAGAGGAUCGGCCAAUUCUGAUUCUGCAGUGCCCCCCACUCACACUCUGCAUCCUAGAGCAGCCGAACUCAAGACUCGCAGAUUAACCCCUGACCUCCCGGAGAGCUUGUUUGAGCUGUUGUUCCAGUCGCAGGGUCGGCGCCUCAAUGACCAGCGCUGCUCCUUCCGGAGGGAGCGGGGGCGGGAGGGGCUGCAGAGAGGCUGGCAGUCUGAGCCAAGCACCCCUGUCGAGAAGCGGAAAGUCUUCUUUUCCUCGAUGACCUCGCUGCAGACAGAGGAGUUCUUUGAGAUGCUGGCAAACUCGCAGGGGCGUCGCCUGGACAACCAAAGGGCAGAGCUACAGGAGCCCCCUCCCCCCUCCCCCCCAGCCUGUGAAAAGGCCAUCGUAGAAGGGGCGGGGUUAGAGGAAGAGCCUAAUUUGAGUGUGACAGAAGGUGGAGCCGAGAAAAAAGCUGCAGAUGAGGAAUUGUACAGCAUGAUCCUGUCCUAUCAGGUGCAGGGUCGUAUUGAUGAGCAGCGCUCCCGCCCACCUGGCCCUGUUGAUGAUGAGGGAUUCUUCUCUCUGCUGCUCCGGGUUCAAGGAGGGCGAAUGGAAGAGCAGAGGGUGGAGCUUCCAGAAGGACUUCUGCGAAGGGUCAACUCCCACUGACCCUGCCACACAUCCACUUCCUGUCUGGAGAUACACCCACUUGCUGUCUGGAUACACACCAACUUCCAGUCUGAAAACAACAUCACUUUUUGUAUGGAGACACACCACUUCCUGCCUGAGAACACCCACUUCCUGUAUAGAGAGAUUUGCACUUGGAGUCUGAAAACGCACUCACUUCCUGUCUGCUCUUCUUCCUAUCUGGAGAUACUCAUACUCCCUUUUGGGGAAACCAGGAGAUCCACUUCCUCUGAGCAUUAUUUCUCAUGAGUCUGACUUUCUGUGAAAAAAGGUAUAUUCUGUGGUAUAUACCUCAUCUCCUGCAGUAUAUUUGCAGUGAUGUUGAAAGAAACAAAGACUCAGUAUUUCUUAAUGAAUUUGUUAUUUUUAAUACUGCUUUCUCUACAAUUUGUGUGAUUAUUGUAUGUGUAAGUGAAAAUAUUUGUAAAAAAAUUGAGGCAAAAUUAACAAAAUACAAUUUUAAUAAUUUUUACUCAUUAAUGUGU